AUGCCAAACUUCGACAUUUCUUACAAGCCGAUAUCCGCCCCUACAGUAGGCGAAAAUGGCUAUCGGGGGUUGCUCUCGCUCACCGAGAUCCUUCCUAAAGGUUGGAGAUACGCCGACUCAUCCAAGCCCCUGCCCACCGAUAUCCUGCUAGAGCAUGACGUGGAGGUCAGGGUGCGCGAUGGCUGCAGACUCUACGCUGACGUUUACCGUCCCGUCAACUCGAGCCGCGAUAAUCCAGUCCCAGCGAUUUUGUCGUGGAGCCAGUUCGGAAAGAAGUUCAACGGGAUGCAUUUUCUAAAGAGCAUGACCCCUUACAAUGUGGGCAUAAGGGAAACUGACCUGAGUGGGCUGGAGAAGUUUGAAGGACCGGAUCCAGCUACGUUUGUUACUCACGGGUUUGCGGUUGUUAAUAUCGAUCCACGCGGUGUCGGCGACUCGGACGGUCGGCUCCAUAUCAUGGGAGAACAGGAGGGGGAGGACGGUUACGACGCAAUCGAGCAUCUGGCCAAGCUCGAGUGGUGUAAUGGCCGAAUCGGCAUGGCAGGAAACUCCCAUCUUGCUGUGGUCCAGUGGUUCAUUGCCCAACUCCAGCCACCCUCGCUAAAGGCCAUUGCUCCCUGGGAGGCAUGCAGUGACCUGUUCCGAGAACAGUUUGUUCGGGGAGGGGUAUACUCUGGCGCCUUUUAUGACCACAUCACGUCUGCCAUGUUUCGUGGUCGCCAUGGGAUGGAAGACUUUGGAGAAAUGUACCGCCGAGAUGCACUCGCCAAUCCAUACUGGGAUAGCAAACGCCCGGAUAUUGCGAAGAUCCAGGUUCCCGCCUAUAUUACAGCAUCAUUCAACAGUUUCCUCCACACCAUGGGUUCAAUCAGGGGUUAUAUGGAUGUCCAACACGGCCAAAAGUGGAUCCGCUUCAGUCCAUAUCAAGAAUGGCAUGACCAAUGGGCCGUCGAUGCCAGUCAGCAAGACCUGAUUUCAUUCUUCACGCGGUAUCUUCAUAAUAUUCAAAACGGAUGGGAGGAGCAGACGCCCUGUGUUCGCAUGUCGAUUCUCCGCUUCGGGCAGAUGGAUGCCGUUAUGAAUAUUCCAGAGGAUGAUUUCCCACUGCCUCGCACUGUGUAUAGAUCUCUCUACCUAACGGAAGAUUCACUGCGUCAGCACAGUGCCCCAGACGGAGAUGAUUUUGUCACUCACAUAUCCGAAGAUCCAACGCCGCUCUGUACAUGUCCUGCCCAACGUCAGAAGAUAUGGAUGUAUACGUGA